UUAACGGAGCUCCGCAAACACAGAGGAGCCUGGGCAGUGAGGGACAGAGACUGGGAGAAUGGCCGAAGCUCUCAGGCACUGGCGAGUAACAAGAUUUCAUCUGAUGGUCUGUUCGCGGAACAUGCAUGCCGGGCUAUGAGGAGUCACAUCUAAGCCUGACUGGACACACAGCAUAAGGUUGUCUUCCGGGCUGACUGGAUUGAGGACCACACCUUUAAUGUGAAGAGAAGACCUGAAUGAGAGCAUGAAGGAGCUGCCGCUAUCUCUGCUGAGUCGCGGCUGUGGGCACCUGGUGCCCUUAGAGGAGGGCGGCCAUGAUGGAAGACUGGAGGUCUGCUUCGAACCCGAGGACUACUUCUCCUGGAGGGCCCGGCCACUGUUGCUGCGUCUGUCCCGCAGCGGGCGGCUCAUGGGUGGGGGGGUGGAGGACCCCACGCCCCCCAAAACCUACAGCACCCGGAAAGGCCACCUCAUCCUCUACUCCGAGGACCUGGUCUCCAGCUCCAGCCAAUCAGCCACCAACAGGAAGGGGCAGGGCUCCAAACAGGAAGCUGAACCACCGCUGCACACGUUGAGGGACCUGACCGGAGCCAUUCUGGCCUACAAGAGAAAGCAGCCAAGGGAGGGCCAUGCCACAGGUGAGGGUCACCCUCUGCUCUCCCGCCUGACACCCCCCUCGCACGCACACCUGAGCUCCGCACAGUGCCACCCACGGGAUCGGCUCUCCCAGCUGACAGACUCAUUUGAUGAAGUCCCCAGCAGUGGAAGGUUCCCCCCCACCCCGACGCCUGCUGCCCUAGCUCAGGUGCCCUACCACCCCCGCUUCCUCUGCUCACCCCGUCCUAGCCACGCCCCCUCAGAACCCCUUCCACCAAUCACAGAGGGCCUGCUCAGCCAACGUGGGGAUGGGAGAGUUUACCUACAGAAAGACAUUGGGGGCACCUCAGCAUUGGGAGAUUUUGAGUGCCCCUUGACCUCGACAGAUGGGGGAGGGACGCACAGCGGUCAGUACAAGGCAAAUAUCCCCAGUGCUCCCAUGAUCCUUUGCUGCUCACCAGAGCCAGGGCCUCAGCAGGAAGUGGAGCGAGUGCGUUCAGAGGAGACCCAUGAGCCGGCCCAUCUGCAUGGGAGUGGCUGUGUUGAGAAUGCAAGUGGUCAUGGGAAAUGUAGUCUGAAGAGAGCUAGUGUGGACUCGACAUGGAGGAGCAGUCGUCUCUCCCACAUUAACUUCUAUGGCGGCCACCUGGCAGGUAGCCAUCGGGUCAACACUGGUCAAUAUGCACGGAUGGGCCUGAGAGGGCGUAGGAAGGAGGAUGUGAUGUCAGACCCCAGCUUCUCCAUCCUCCGUCUGCCUCCAUUACCCAGAGGCCCAGUGGUCAGCACAGGCUCUGAUGGACACGGCCCUCAGGGCCACGGUGGCUCCAGUAUGACCCUGCCCCCCAUACCUGAGGGAGCCCCUCUCACACACACACACCCCAGCAACCCCAGCACGGAGACCAGACACACCAGCACCAGACGUCACACACACUCAGCCGAGACCAAAGAUGGCCGACAGUAGGGAUACAGCAGCCCUCAGAGAGAGCGAGAGACAGGCCCCCAGGAGAAUACUCCUCCUGAUCCCCCGGGCAACCAAGGAGGAGGAGGCUGAG